AGAAACAUAGCCAGCCACACAAUACCCACCACCUCAAGAGAUUGACAAAUUUAAGCCGCAACAGUAGUUCCUUUUGGGUCGAACGGAAAGCAAGCUAAAACACAGACAAAAAAAUUGACAAGCAAUUUUUUGUCAGCGGCUUUGGAUAGACUUUAAAAGGGAACUGUUCGCCAAAAUAUAUUAAAAAAAAUAAUUAAAUUUAGGAAAAAAAAAUUUAAUUUCUUCUUAAUUGGAAAGCAAGAUUGGCUAACAACUCCUAUCCCCAUCUAAACUCCAAUUAACCCCCACCUACAAAAAAAAGAACAACAACAACAACCAAAAAGACAGCAAAAAUGAUUUCACGUCGCAAGAUUAUUUCACGUUCUUUGGAUAAUUUGGAUGCCAUAGGUCCAAAUACAGAAGAGGAAGAGGACGUCUGGUAUGACAAGGAGAAAUUAUUUAGGGAUCACAUUAAUGAAGUUCUGAGCAAAUGGGAACAAAUCGACGAUGAGAUUUGGGCUAAAAUCAUUGUAUUCGAAAAGAAUCGUCGAGUUGCCAAGGCCUAUGCCAGAUCGUCGGUGAUUUCCAUAAACGGUUCUAAACAAGGAUUCGAUGGCGUCAGAAUUGGCUUAAAUGGUUUCGAUAAUCCCAUGCGUGAUUCCGAAAUAAAGGUCAUCAAAAAGUCCAUUGGCGAUGGAUUCAAAAUCAAAAUGGAUGAAAUUGGCAAUGUGUUCAUCAAGCGUUAUGGCAAGAGCGGGGUAUUUGUGCACAAUACAAGUCAAACCAAUGAGGAGACGGUAAUUGGGGCAGAUAUUUUGCAAAUGCCCAAUAUGGCCCUGCAGUCGGGCACCUCGGCCAAGCUCUUCGAUAUGCGUAAAUUCACCACCAACAUUAAUCGCGAAAUGGGCCGUGCCUAUCCUGAGAGUUCUCGGUUGCAGCGUCAAUGUCUAUCUGCCAUAUCGUUGGUCAAAUCGAAUAAUAAUCUAAUCAAUUGUCCACUGUGGAUACUGGUCAUUAAUGUCGUAGCCAUCGAUAUGCUUAAGAAUCGUUUACAGAGCCUGCCCAAGGCCAUGACGGGCAAUGGCAGCGAAGAUCCCUAUUCGACAAUCGAAAGUCAAGUCGGCCUAAUAUAUCCAACACCUGCAGCUUCAGAUGAUUCGAAUGCCUCGUCGAAUUCAUCUAGUAAGGGUAGACGCAGUCUAUAUAAUAUUGGAAAUUAUUUGGAUGAUAGUCCCUAUGUGCCAAAGCCCGAUUAUGAAAUUUAUAAUCAAUCUGUGCCAAUACUAGGCGUUAAGAACAAAAAGUCAUCAACGAACUCGUCAUCGACACAGCAACGCAAGAAGCAAGAUGACCCCUACUAUUGUGGCCUGCUGGCACGCAUUCCCAAUUUCAUCAAGACCUCAAAGAGUUCCAAUUCGAAUGGCAGCAGUAAUGCCAAGCUGAGUAAAAAAGAAGCCAAAAUUGCACGAAAAAUCUCAGCAUCGCAACAGCAAUUGGCAAAUUUGCCACAGCAGGCACAUCCGCUGCCCAUUGCACAAUUCCAUCAGCAAAGUGUUGGCUACAAUUACUAUCCAUAUCGGCUCUACUCACAGAAUCAUCGUUUGUCACAGUCCCAGCUGUCGCUGUGGGAUUCGCGCAGUUUAAUUAGUGCGCAUGAAUAAACUAAUAUUGAAAAGGUCCUGCCCAGACGUAGACCGGUGGUAUGCAUGGAAGCAUUCGGUUUUUUUUUUUAUUAACUAUUUAUGUAAUUUGUUUUUAAUUUAUAGUCGUCUUUAUAUCAUAAUUUAUGUUAUUAUUAAUUUUAAGCAAACAAAUUUUAUAAAAAAAUGAAAAAUAUCAAUUUUCAUUUACAAUAAGGAACCUCCCUUUCUAUGUUGUAAAAGAAUCCUUAAAUAUUUGAAAUUCAUAAAACAACCCAACAUCUAUGUGAUUAUAACAAUAAAUAUUAUUAUUAUUAUUUUUUAAUUGAAUUAAACUAAGCCCAAAAGCUCUAGCACAAAGCUUUUGUCUAAGAGUUAUUUUAAUUAAUAUUUAGAAAAAGAAAAAAUAAAUGCAAUUUUUUUACACGAAAUAAUACUCGUCAUAUAUUCUUAUUAUAUUUAAUAAAUAUAAAAAAAUUAUAACAAAUAAAAAACACACAUAUAUGCAUACAUAUAUAAGUCAUAAAAAUAUUAUUAUUUUAAUUAUAUAUCUACUUAUAUUGCCAUAGUUUUUUUUUGUCUUAUGUAUGUUCGUUUGUUUCAAUUUCGUAAUUUAAUUUUUAAGACUGAAAAAUGUCCUGUUCAUUUUAUGAUUAUUUUUUUUUAAUAGUAUAUAUAAAAAUAUAUGUAUGUAUGCUGCGAGUAGGCACAAACCAAUAUUGAAAAAGAAUCUGGUUUUGUGUUUAUUUUUUUAAAGGGAUAUUUGUUUUGUUAUCUGAAAUUUUUUUGUUUCUCUUUGUAAAUAUGUGAAAAAUUAUGUUUUUGGAUUUAAAAAAUAAAAAUAUUGUAAAUAAUAUUCAAGUAUGAUAUACAAAACACACAAAAUAAUCACCAUAAAUUUAGCAGUAUAUAAAUACUUAAUAAUAUAUCUAUUUUUAUAAAAGAAUACAACAAACUUAAGUCGAUACGAUAUAUCUAUAUUUU